ACGGAAAAGAAAACGUCAGUCAUGCAUCCAACAGCAAUUCGUAGGACGAUGUUCAACGAGCGUGGAAUGACGAUUUGUAUUAUUUUACGCUGAAUUAGUUGUAUAUUCGUUGGAGCUACAUUAUAUAGGGUCCAUUCAGUAGUACUAAUCAGCUCGUAUGACAAUCCUUCAAAUCUUCAACGUACGCGUAUCAACAAAGUGAUAUCGAACACAAAGGAUAUGGCAUCGAAACGGAAACCGAUCCAUUCACAAAUGGGCAGCACACAGCGUCCGAACAUGAACUUUCGACCUGGCUUUAACGAUACAACAGCCAGAGCUGAGGCCAAGGGAACACGACCUACUGCGACACCGACUUCGAUAAAUGAAGUGCUAACGAUGAUGGUGCUGCACGUUUGCAAGAAAAUCAUAUUUUUUGAUACAAAUUUAAAAGUCCCACUCUACCUGGGAAGUUUGUUCUUCGUCUCACUCAUUGGAGACUUUCUGCCUUACCCCAAAACAUAUCUGGCAAAAUCAGACAAUUUAUUCAACGUUUAUUUUGUAAAGAUGGGCUGGGCCUGGACUUUACUGUUUGCUGUACCAUUUCUGGCCAUGACUUCCAUCACGGUUUGCUGCGGAGAUCAUCAAAGAUUGGUGAAGAAUCACUUGCCUAGGCUGGGAAUUGCGACGGUAUUUUGGUUCGUGUGGACGAAACUAUUCAAUAUUAUUGAAUCCUCGUAUGGACGAUGCAACAUCAAAGGGUUCUAUUCUAAAUCUGAAUGUCUGAAAGCAGGUCAUCUGUGGAGUGGAUUCGAUAUUUCGGGACAUGCGUUCAUUCUUAUUUACUCGAGUUUAAUACUGAUGGAAGAGGCACGAUCAAUCAUUGGAUGGGAAAGCAUAAAGGAACACAUCCGCAAUGAGGAGCAUAAUCGUACAAAGAAUGAUAGCUCGCAAACAACGAACCCAUUGAAAAGCUUGAAGGACGACGACUUGAAGACAUUGAAAUACAUGUACAAUCGGUUUACGCCUACAAUACGGUUGCUUUUUGUAGGUAUGACAAUGCUGCAGUUGCUCUGGGAUGUAAUGCUUGUCGGAACGAUGCUGUAUUAUCACAGAAUGGUCGAGAAAAUGCUCAGUGGUAUUAUUGCUGUCUUUACGUGGUUCUUCACCUACCGUGCCUGGUACCCAAUACAGUCAGUUCUGCCUGAUCCUGUUGGUAAAGGUCUUUUCAACUACCAGUCAUCUACGAAACCGGCGGAAAUUGGACUGAGGAGACGUGCCAGUCUGCUACAACCAAACUCUCCCCAGACACAGGAUAUUCCCAAAUUUAUGGGAAUGCCUUUGUAUGCGGCGAGGCAGCAACAAAAUGCCACUGCAAAUGCUGGAGGACUGGGUUCACCGAUGGAUCCAGGAUCAGGACAGUUUCCUCCAACGUCAGUAAGUACUUCCACUUCUUUUACAACAAAUACCGGUGCGUCUCGUCUAGGAGCCGUCACUGGAGGGGGUAACUUUGAUAUCAAUGGGCAACCACUUCCCCGCUUUCACCAAACUGCGUAUCGCAACCGAUUCGAAUAGGGUUUACCAUACAAUCUCGUUAUCUAGAUAGGAAAAAUGGAUUAGGGUUUAAAAUGUAUUUCUUAACACACUUUCUUUGAUAACCGUAGAAAAAUAGCCCAAAUAGUCUUUUGUUUCAUUUUAAAAGCAAGAGUGGUUGCGAUUUUCGAAUAUAAGAAUAAUAAAAUUUGCGUUUUUGGACAGAAUUUUGUAAAUAUAGCUUUCAGCAGUUGAAGUUAUCAAUGUGUUAUAGGACUAUUGAUAUCAACCUUACCCUCUGUUUUCCAAAUUUAACCUUUCGAAUGUAUGUAAUUACUUCAUUGGCCUAGAAACUUGCUGUUGUAGAAAUGGAAGUGCUUUUGAAGCGAAUCUUUACCACCUGUUUAAUUUAAGUAAUCAAUUACGACCUUUACUUAUAGAAGGCAAGCAUUUCUUCUUUUGUUUUGUGCAGUGACAUUUUUGUUUAGCUUUAUUUAUGUGUUCUUUGUUAAGUUUAUCCAGCUUUAUCUACACUUACUUUUUGUGGCUAUGAAAGGAAAACGUUUGUUCGUAUAAUUCGCACAGGAAUAGCUAUAUAUUUAUCCAGUUAAUUCAUUAAUAGUAACUAAUUGUUUGAUACCUUUUUGGAAAAAAAAAGUCAAAAUUGUUUUUUCGGAUAUAUACAGUUAAAGUAAUAGUUUUAAACUAUUGAAAUCGAGGUGAUAUGUAAUAAAUUUCUAUGUUUUGCACAUGGUAU